CGCCAAUGAGCGAGGACGUUGCUGGUGGGUGGGAGACGAUGCGGGCGGCGGUAUGGAAAGCCCGAGCGGCGCUGCUGUACUCGGUGGGCGGAUGGACCAUGCUGGGGGCCAUGAUCCACUACACCAACACCACAGGCAGAGAAGCCGCCAGUGCCGAUGGGCCCGAGAAUGAAAGAGAUCAUCAGGAAAACCAAGGACCCCGCAAGGAAGUAUUUGUUACAGAAACACCUUUAGGAUUUAAUAUUACUACAACAGUAACAUAUAAGGAGGUUCAACCUCCUCUUACUCGACUGCUAAGGCGUGUGAAAUCAUACUUUGAUCCUGAUGAUGAGCCUCCUUCUAAAAAUUGAGUGAUCAGGAAGCUCAGAACUUUGUGCCAGUGCUGCCUCGUCCAAGAAGUUGUCCUGGUAUGACAAACUUCUUGCAUUGCUGAAAUGACAUCUCCAUCUCUGACACAACUUCAUGGGACUUGCACACCUUCUCAUCUGCUGGGAGUGCCACUGUCCAUUGCGUGUGUAUUCAUGUCAUUAAAUGCAAAAACUAGAUUGUGAGAUGUAAGUGAAUCUGCGGGCCGCCAGGUGUCCCAUGUCUGACAGUCUAGGCAGGGGGCCUUUGUGGCUGCUUUGGCAAGUUGCUUUCCCAACUGGUGUGCAGGACGUACCUGGGUGAUCUGCAGUCUCCUCCUCAGCUGGUGGGCUCUUGAACAGAUCUGUUCAGAAUGAUUAUGUUGUGUAAUCUUUAGGGUAUGAGUUGUUAAUUGCCUUUCAAAUAAAAGCUUAGAAGAGAUGAA